AUGGAUGAAGCAAUAAUUAUAGAAGCCUUUAAAGCAAGUUUACAGUUAGAUAAUGAGCCUAAUCAAAACGUUCAAGCAUUAAUUUCCUCAAUCCAAACAUCAAUUGAAGGUCUUAUCCCUAAACUCAUGAGUAUUUUUUUAAGCGACAAUCCUAUUGAAAUUAGACAGCUAGCUGCAACCUAUAUUAAAAACUUAUCUAAAAUCUGAGAAGACUCAAAACGAGAAUUUCCUCUCCCACAAGCUGACAAAACAUUUUUACGAACUAAUGUUAUAAAAUGCUUAAAGUUUUCUAUUCCUAAUCAGAUCAGAUCUCAAUUUAAAGAAAUUGCUUACCAAAUAAUUAGAGUAGAUUUCCCAUGAGAAGGAAUCUUUCAACAAAUUGAUGAGGCUUUAGAGUCAGAUGUUGACCAAGUCUAUGCUGGACUUACUUUAAUUCAUCAAGUCGCCAAAGUUUAUCAGUAUCAAACGAGGGAGAGUAGGAAAUGCUUUGAAGCACUUAUUGAUAGAACUCUUGGAAAAUUAGAUAAAUUUUUAGAGGCCUUUCUAAAUGACAGUAAUGCAGACGCUUAUUGGUACAUUUUAUUAAUACUCAAAAUAUACUGGACUAGUUUUAAGAUAGAAUAUCCACUGAGCUUUUCAAUAGUUCAGCAGCUAGAUUUAUGGCUUGGGAAAUUAAAAAAUAUAUUAGAAAGCAGCUUGGGAAGCCUAGAAACACAAGCUGAAAAUGAAGAGGAUGCUAAGUCAAGAGAUUUGCACCCAAAUUGGGUAUGCAAAAAAAAAAUUGCACAACUUUUAAGUAGAUUUUUUGCACGCUAUUUUAUGGCUGACAAAGGUAUUAGUAAAUCGGCAGGUAACCAUUUUGAGAGCCACUGAGCAAAUCCAUUAUUAUCAGCAGUUUUAGCCUUAUUAUAUAAGAAGCCAGCAUGCUACAUACCAGAGAAGGUGACUACGUAUUUAUUGGAGUGUGUGAUAAGAGCCCUUAAAUUAAAAAAUGCUGAAAACAUAAUAAAAAUGCCUCCUACACCUAAUGGAAAACUAGCUGUUCCAGCCUUGAUUUCUGAUGUAAUUAUUUCAGUUUUAUACCGAACUAGAUCAGACGAGCUAGCCUGGCAAGAAAAUCCUGCUGAAUUCCUAAGAAAAGAAAAAAACUUUGCAAAUAGUAUUUGCUAUAUAAAAAAUUCUGCAAUUAGCCUUUUAGAAAUAAUUUGCGAAAAAGGUAAUCUGCAAUUAUUUUUAGACUAUACUAGUGUAGAACUACAGUCGAAUCCUCAAAUAUUCCAUAAAGAAGCAAUUCUAUAUGCACUAGGAUCUAUUUCCCGAAUCUUAAAGGAAAAAAAAGACUUAUCAGAAAGUAUCAAAAAUUUACUUAUCAUAUAUGUGCUACCUGAAUUUAGCAGUAGAAUAGGAUUUCUUAGAGCAAUUGCUUGUUGGGUUUUCGCACAAUUUUCUUCAUUUUUAACAGCAGACCUAGAAACUCAGCUCUUAGGAUUUGAAAAAAUCUCACAAAUGAUGCUAGAUCCAGACCUUCCUGUAAGAUUUGAAGCAGCCCUUGCAUUUCCUAGAACCUUAGACUGAAGAAUUCCUAAUGAAAAGCUAUCAGGCUACUCCAGAAAUAUAAUUGAAGUUUAUCUAAAGCUUAUGAGCCAAGUUGAUAAUGAAGAGCUUAUUGAUGCUUUAGGAGUAAUUGUAGAAAAAUUUCAAGCUGAAGUUACAGAUUAUGCCGCUGAACUUAUUAAGUAUUUGCUUCAAUUUUUCUUAAAAAUAACAAAAAAUAUAGACAGCAUAAAUGAGGAUGAAGGCUUUCUUAUGGGGGCAUCAAUUUUGAAAAUUAUUGAUAAGCUCGUUAGUUAUCUUGAAAACAAGCCACAAGAGUUAUUAGCUGCAUCACAUUUACUAGUGCCGGUUUUUAAUUAUUGCUUUAAUGAGUAUUUAGAAGAUUUUAUACAUGAAGCAGCAAUUUUGCUGGCAAGGUUACUUUAUUCAUCACCAAAUAACUUUUUGCCACAUCUGUUUCCAUUUGCCAGGUGUAUAAGAACUUAUUUACUGGGAGAAGGGAAUAUCCAGCCAUGUGGACUGUAUAACAGCGUUGAGUUUUUUUCUCCUAUAGCAAAUUUUAUAUCAAAAUAUCCAUUACUCACUGCAACAAAUCUUGAUAUAUUUCUUUCAAUAGGUCUUGGUCUAUCAAAAAAUAAAAAUGAGGAGAGCAAUAUUUUAUUGACAGGCUGCAAAGUCCUGAUUGUUCUUUUAGAAAAUCUUAAAGGCUCUUUAGAUCAACAUAUCCCUACAAUUAUUAAUCAAGUUUCCAACUUGUAUGGAUUUUCAGUCAAUAAAAUUAUAAAAGCUAAGGCUUCUGAAGUUAUUUGUAUUUCAUUAUGGAAUAAUCCUAUAGUAACUAUCCAGACCUUACAAAAUACCAAUAUAUUAAAAAAUAUCUGGAAAUUUUGCUUUGGAGACCUCAAGCAGUACCAGGAAAGUUUGGCCAAAAGAUAUGCAAUUUUAGGAUUAUCAUCGAUAAUCGUGACUUUUAAAGAAUUACCUUCUUUUUUUAGUGAAAAAAUGCCAGAAUUGCUGAAAAAGAUUCUGGAGUUAUGAAAAAAUAUUGAUGAAGAUGUUGUGAUGGAUGAGAGACCUGAGGAGGAGGAAGAAGAAGAAGACACAAAAAUGGACGAAGAAUCUGAUGAUUGAGAAGAUGAAGAUAUUGUGUUUUCUGAUUUAUACGAUUCACCAAUAGAAAGUCUUGAAUUAAGAGAACAUCUUAAAAACACUUUCUUGAAUGUUUCUAUAAGUUACCCAGAUAUACACUCUCAAGCUUGUGAAAUACUGACAGAAGAGGAAAUGCUAGUUUUAAAUCAAAUUCUGAAUUAG